UCAUCAUCUUCUCCAAACCAGUAUUUAGGGACUUCUGUUCCUCACACCAUUCCUUUUUUUUUCUUAACAACAACAACAUCUCUCUCUCUCUCUCUCCCUCUGUACCUCUCUCUGUUAAAGAAGAAGAAGAAAAAAGAGUUCAUGGUUUGAUUUUCGAUUAAUUAUAAAGAUGGAAGCAAGCGUAUCAGUGAUUAACAAAUUAGGAGAUGAUCAGCAAAUGGAUUUACCACCUGGUUUUCGGUUUCAUCCGACUGAUGAAGAACUAAUUACUCACUAUCUUUCUCAUAAAGUUCUUGAUACUAAUUUCAAUGCUAGAGCAAUUGGUGAAGUCGAUUUAAACAAGUGCGAGCCUUGGGAUCUUCCUUGGAGAGCAAAAAUGGGAGAAAAAGAAUGGUAUUUUUUCUGUGUAAGAGACAGAAAAUACCCGACUGGUUUAAGAACAAACAGAGCUACUGAAGCUGGUUAUUGGAAAGCAACUGGAAAAGAUAAAGAAAUAUACAGAGGAGGAAAAACCUUAGUUGGAAUGAAGAAAACGCUAGUCUUUUAUAAAGGAAGAGCUCCAAAAGGAGAAAAAACUAACUGGGUCAUGCAUGAAUACAGGUUAGAAGGGAAGUUAUCUCUCUACAAUCUCCCCAAAACUGCCAAGAAUGAAUGGGUGAUUUGUAGGGUGUUUCAGAAAAGUUCAGGAGGGAAGAAGACGAUUGUUACAGGGUUGGGUAGAUAUGGCGGAGGAGAAGAAAUAGGUACUUCAUUUCUACCACCAUUAAUGGAUUCAUCACCAUUCAAUGAAAAAAACAACAGCAACAGAUUUCACGACGCAAUUCUUAACCACGUGACCUGCUUCUCCAAUUCAAUGGCGGAGGCUGCUCAGAAAAACCAGGAUGAUGAUGAUAAUGAUGGAAUUAUUCAGUAUUCUUCUACUCCUAAUCUUUCUGUUAACCCUUCAAUGGUUUUCUCCAAAAACCCAUAUUACGAUCCUUCAACUCAGAAUUUAAGCAGUUUUCAGUACCCAGUAAGUUCUGGUUUAGUUCAUCAAGAUCAUCAGUCAAAUAUUCUACGGGUUUUGUUAGAAACCCAUAAUCAUGGAUCAUCAAUCAAACAGCAACAGCAGCAGAAUUUCAAAGCAGAAAGAGAUCAGAUGAUUAGUAUGUCACAAGAAACAGGAUUAAGUACUAGUACUGCUGAUAUGAACAAUAAUACUAAUCAUGAAAUAUCUUCAAAUCAUCAUGGUCCAUCUUCUACUUCUGCUGCUGGUCCUGUUGAUCUUGACUGUUUAUUUUAUUAUUGAUUAUGAUUAUGAUCAAUCAAGAUAAAGCUGGAUUAAUUAAAGAAGCAAAACAUUAUUAAAAGCAGAAAAAGAAGAAUUUGGAGUAAACAGUAAAUAGAAAAAAAAAAUAUUAUUUGUCUACAAAAUUUGAUGGAGUGUGUUUAUAACUCUUUGAAUACAAAAGAAAUACAACCAUAUGUAAUCAUUAUAAUUUUUUUUCUUUGAUUUGUUUAUAAUAACUAGUAGUACAAAAUUGUUAUCAAAAUUCUUAUAAUUAUAGGGCUUUCUAACU